GAUAUAAUUGUUUCAUCCGGGUUAGCUUGAUGCUGCGCGAGCUGUCAGCCACGUCACCUCCUCUGAAAUAACUUUUCUUUCAUGCCACUCCAGGCACAGCUGAGUUUGUGAGUGGACUCUGUAGACGUCAUAUCUGUUUAUUUACGUACGCGUUAAGAAAACGAGUCAAGGAGCAGUCGGGCAGACUCGGAGUCCGCUUCACUUUUUUAUAUUUAGCUUUGAGCUCGCCUUUUUCUGUUUGGGCUAAACGGCCUGUCUCCGGAGGACAAGAACGGCCUAUAAGGACUUGUAUUAAAGUUUUAAGGUUACUGGGGCGGAGAACAAACAACAUGAACAUCUUUCGUCUGGCGGGUGACGUGUCACAUCUAGUGGCUAUCAUUAUCCUGUUACUGAAGAUAUGGAGGUCCAAAUCCUGUGCUGGCAUUUCUGGGAAGUCUCAGGUGUUGUUUGCACUUGUCUUCACCACCAGGUACCUUGACUUGUUCACCGCCUUCAUCUCCGCGUACAACACAGUCAUGAAGGUGGUGUUCCUGUCUCUGGCCUAUGCUACCGUGUACCUGAUCUACAUGCGCUUCAGGAACACGUACGACUCAGAGAACGACACAUUUCGUGUGGAGUUUUUACUGGUGCCAGUCAUUGGGCUCUCCUUCCUGGAAAACUAUGCUUUCACCCCAAUGGAGAUCCUGUGGACCUUCUCCAUCUUCCUGGAGGCCGUGGCCAUAAUGCCGCAGCUCUUUAUGAUCACCAAGACUGGCGAGGCAGAGUCCAUCACUACCCAUUACCUGUUCUUCCUUGGCCUCUAUCGAGCCCUAUACAUAGCCAACUGGGUCUGGCGUUACCACACAGAGGGCUUCUUUGACCAGAUUGCCGUGGUGUCUGGCGUCGUGCAGACCAUUUUCUAUUGUGAUUUCUUCUACCUUUAUGUCACAAGGGUGCUUCGAGGAAAAGGAAAGAUGACCCUGCCGAUGCCUGUGUAAAACUGUGCCUUUCAGCCACCCAUCAGUGCCUGCUACAGUUCAGCAUCUGAACAUAGUCCUUGCCCGUCAAUUGUACAAGUAUUUCGCAAUGGGACUGAUGGUCGGACAUGAUUCUGUAGACCAAAAUGAGUACUUCUGUGUGUGUGUAUAUGCAUAUUUCUGUGUGCUUGGCAUUUUCUUCAUAGGAUACUAAUGUGACACUGGAAAAGUGUCCCUGAUGUGCACCUGGAAUUUACAUUCAGGCAAGUGAGAAACACUAUGGAAACUGCAUUUUUGUCUUUACUUUCCCUUUUAGGCUCUGAGAGAGACCUUGGCUCUGGUAACUGAGAAAAUUUCAUAUCCACAAAAGUGUAAAUGAGUUUAUCUGUAGCUUUUACGUACAGCACUCAGGUAGACCUUAAGUAGCUUCAGUUUCCACACAGUACAUAACCAGCGUUUCCUAUGUUAAAGUUGUACAAGUGCAGAGUUUUAAAUCAAAUGUUUAAAUCAGAUGUUCCUACAUUUCAUUCGGUCACCACCACAUGUUUUACAGUCUUGCCUGAUGAUGAAGUAAUGACCUAUUGUGAUUUUUGUACAUUCUUAUGAAUUCUUUUCCUCUUUGGUUCUGUAACGUUAUACACUCCCUAAAAGAAUAGCUUACUGUAUUAUGUGCAAACAGUUUCUUUCCUUGUUGCCAGGUUACUUUUUGUAUUUCUUCUUAAUUGUCCUCUUUUAUACUUCAAUCUAUUUCUUCAUUAGGAGAGAAAAGGGCUGGAUAUUUUGUCAUGUUGUAAAUGAAGCCAAAGAUGGAACAGAAAGUUUUUAGAUCGACUAAUGUUUUUGUCCUUCUGUGAGCAAACAGUUUUGUUGUGAUAAAAAUGGGGAAGUGA